AUGGCAUCCCCCGCCAUCCCCCUAACACCGCCCGCCGAGCCGCCCUCGACGCAAACCUUCACACAAUCCCAGUCCCUCCCCAAUACCUCCUCAAUAAACCACACCCAGUCCCAACCCACAACCACAACCCAAACCUCCGCCACAACCCGCGUCGAAGCCCUCCUCGCAUCCCCUCUGACCUCCCUUACCGACGACGGCACCUCCCGGCGCCCACGCGACCACCGCCUCAUCCACCUGUUACUCGCCUCGCACGGCGUCACCGCCUACCAAGAGCGCGUCCCCUUGCAACUAAUGGAUUUCGCAUACCGGCAUACCUCUACAAUCCUGAGCGACGCGCUACACAUGCAAAUGGAGGCUACGACCAAGCCGCCGACGCCAACGCCCCAGGCAAUUCGAAACGAGGAGGUGCAGCGGGCAAAGGUGGUGCGUCAGGCAACGCGAAUCGAGCCGAAGAAGGCGGACGUGAGUCUCGCGGCGCUGCGGAUGGCGUUGGCGGGGAGGACGGCGUAUCAGUUCACGGGCCAGGCGAACCAGCCGAAGGAGUAUUUGAAGAGUUUGGCGGAUGAGAGGAAUCGGAUUAGUUUGGGGCAGCAUGCGCAGGGUGAUGGGGAGGGGAUUACGAUUGGAGGGGUCAAGUUGCCGCAUGAGAGGUACUGCUUGAGUGGGAUGGGAUGGGGGUUGAAGAAUGAGUGGGAGAGUGACGGUGAGGAUGACAGUGGUGUUGGGGAGGAUAUGGAAGAUGCGACUAUCGCUCCUGCGGCAGCGGAAGGCGAGGGGAUGCAGGUUGAUGAUGAGGACGAGGAGAUGGGUGAGGAUGAAGAUGGGGAGGGGAAUAUGGAGGACUUGUUCGGUGCUAGCGAGCAGGGAUGA